CAAUUUUCCCUACAUUACCUCUGGUUGCUCUAGAACGGUAACAAGCCCAGUUGCAUCAUGUGGAAAGCUAUUGUCUUGCUUGCCUUGGUGGCCUGUGCCACAGCCGGUCUCCUCGGAGGCUUUGAAGUCGUCGAUGUCGAUGAUGAAGGUGUGGUAACUGCUGCCAGGCACGCCACCGUUGAAUUGUCGAAGAAAUUCUCCGGACCCUACCACCACAAGCUUACCAAAGUCCUGAAGGCUAAGAGACAAGUUGUUGCUGGUCUGAACUACCAAAUGGACAUCAUUGUUGGCAAAACCGAAUGCAAGAAAGAGGAAGUCAACGCCAACGAAGUCGAUGACUGUGAAUACCAAGAGGGCAUCAGCACCUACAAGAAAUGCACCGUCCUUGUCUACCGUGACCUUAAGGAUCAACACAAAUUGGUCAACUCCGGAUGCAUCUUGGCCUCCCACAAGGAUCUUGAAUACUAGACCUGUUGUUGGGGGAGUGUCCCGUGAACGUCAAUCAGGAAACGUGUCCCACACCUGACAUUGUAUAUAUCUUGUACAUGUUUGUAUGAAGUUCCUGGUCCAUCAAUAAACAUAUAUGCAAUA